AUGGAGCAGACGUUUAAGAUUGUAGCUCCUCAUGCCAGGCUGACCGACGAAUGUGGAGGCACGCUUGAAGAGAUGCUUAGCGACGGCACGGCCGAGGCACUCGUCAAGCUACUCGCCAUCCCGGUUCGGCCUAGGAUUGCCGUGAAUCCAAACCGAUUUGCCUCGCAGAUUGCUUCACGAAGAAGCCGUAUGUCGGCGACCGUAGCCGUCAAGCGCAGAGGCAACGCCGAACUGCGAAAGUGCCCUCCACGACUUCCGAACAAGACCACGACAACUGCUGGAAGCCGCGUACCGAAUACACAAUCAGCCACAUUUUACGGGCUCCCUACCGAAAUUCAUCAACUCAUCUUCUCUCAUCUAAUACAAAAAGAAGAUGUCCUCAACCUCGGAUUAGUGAAUCGACACCUCUGCCAUGUCGCUCGAGAACAGCUGGUGGAUGGUUUUCUCUCGUACUUGGCGCCCUGGGCUGGUGAAAAAAUUGUCUAUGUGGGAGAAAACACCGAGCCAAAUGACUACCCCCCAGGAUUGUUUUCGGACGCAGAACUAGAAGACCUUGGCAGAGAGGAAUUUAACUUCUAUGACGAUGACGAUGGAGAUUAUAUUAGUACCAUGACAGUAUCCAACCUGUAUCACUUUACGAUGCCGGGGGUUUCCUACCUAGCAGGACGGCGCAACCUGAAAUUCGAAACAGUUGGGUUGGGAUCCUUGUUCUCCAAGGUACCGGCUUCCGAGGACGCUGCGCUGGCAUAUUUCGGCCCAGCCAAAUUUCCUAGUUACGGCCAAUACUUCCCUGAAAACCAGCCGUGGAUUCUUCGAAACCUCACCACCAAGCAGUUUGUACGUGCAGAAGCCAUUGCCCUCCAGCGGAAAUUCAUUCACGGCCCCGACAUUGAUUUUUUGGGCUUUGGCCACGCCAUCCUGCUGCGCAUCUGUUGGUCGUCUGAGCCUGUCCCCGAGGUGGCUCCGGCAAAUAUCGUGAGAGGAAUAUGGGCAGGGCACUGUUUCGACAUCACUAUGCUGGCCAAACACCAGGAAGAGACUGGCGCCGGACAAGGCUGGGCCGAUAUAAGCGACGAAAUUGCAAAGGAGAUUGCUACUUUUUGUGAAGCCAAUCUGGGACCCAGCUGGCGUUGGCGUCUCUGUCAACCAAGAUUCAACCCCUGGUAG